UAAUUUUAAGUCACUUUUAGUACCCCUUGUGGGCCCCAGCCCCCUUGUUGUUAUCCACUAGCAUAUAUUUUAUUUUCAAUAAAAAAAAUUAAAAAUACAACAGUUUUAAAAAUACAACAAUAUUUUUAUGAUAGAUUUUCGUAGUUCAAAAUUGGAUGUCUGAGCCUGGAACAUGGAUAAAACAACUGUUUCAUAAAAAAGACAAACAAGAUGACAGUGCGAGUGUUAAAUGUGUUUGUAGUGUUCAUUUUUACUGAAUAGCUAGACUCUACACUUUGCCCUCAACACAGGCCGAGGCUAAAGUUCACCAAGAGAGAGGGAGAGAGAGAGAGAGAGAGAGAGAGAGACACAGAGGAAGGGAGGAGGGGAUGAAGGAAAAGCAAGUAGCAAAAAAAAAUCACAUUUCAAAGCAAAAGGACAACAGGUAUCUAGACUUAAUACAGGAGCAAAAGAACACUGGAAAACAAAGAGAAGAAAAGGAUAAAGAAAAUGAAAAGAAGCUGUUCAUGUGAAAGACAGACUACUGAACUCAAAGCCUGAGACAGAGGUGAAUACUGAACGUGUGCGAUAUUGUUUUGGUGUGUGUGUACGUCUGUUUGCACACAAAGAGUGUGUUGGUAAUUGCUUCAGUGACACGGACAAAGCUUCUGUGAGCAAAAUAUAGACAAAAAACGGCCACUUAAACGUGAGAGAUGGAGGGAGGAGAGGGGAGGAGAGCAGGAGAAGAACGAAGCAGCCGGCUGUCGGCCUUACAGGAGCAGCUGGUGUGGUCUCUGCUGGGAUCAGGGCUGUCAAAAGAGCUGCUGAUCCAGGCCAUGGGAGAUCUGGAGCGAGAACGGGCCUCGGCCGGUGCCGAGAGGAUGGACCGGGCCGAUGGCGAGAGCUCGGAGGAGGGAGACAUGGACAAUCCACCUCUUAUAUUCCGUGAGAUGGAGAGGCUGCCGCCGGAGGAGGCCGCGAGGCAGAGGGCUGAAGUUGACCAGCUGUUACAAGAGGAUUCUUGGCAUGUGGCUAAAAUGAUGAAGACCUACAUGCAGCAGCACAACCUACCACAGAGAGAGGUGGUGGAGUCCACCGGCCUCAACCAAUCCCAUCUCUCCCAGCACCUCAACAAGGGCACACCCAUGAAGAAUCAAAAGCGUGCCGCUCUGUACAGCUGGUAUGUCAAGAAACAGGCAGAGAUCAACCAACAGUUCACCAAUGCCAGUCGAGGUGUCAUGUCAGGAGAGGAAUCCGGGGAUGAUGUGAGAAAGGGACGAAGGAAUCGAUUCAAAUGGGGCCCAGCGUCCCAACAAAUCCUGUUCCAGGCCUAUGAACGACAGAAAAACCCCAGUAAGGAGGAAAGGGAGGGACUGGUGGAGGAGUGCAACAGUUUUAGAGCGGAGUGUCUUCAGAGGGGAGUUCCUCCAUCUCAGCUGGCUGGCCUGGGUUAUAAUUUGGUCACAGAGGUUCGUGUAUAUAAUUGGUUCGCGAAUCGGCGUAAAGAGGAGGCAUUUCGCCACAAACUGGCACUCGACGUGCCCUACAGCAGCCAAUCAGCUCCCUUGACAGGCCAGAUGCUACCAUCCAGUCCUUUAACAGUUCUGAAGUACAGUCAGCCAGUGGUGUGUGAGAGUCUGGGCACAGUGAGAAGCUCCGGUGGUGAAGACAGAGGUCAUCUAGCCAGUCCAGUCCAGCUAGAACCCAGUCAUACACUCCUGGAUACACACCAUCACAAAUCAGCAUCUGGCGGUGGCUCCUUACCUCCUGUUAGUACUCUCACUUCCUUGCAUGGAGUGUCAGGAUCCUCUGCUACCCCUCCAGGACUGAUCAUGGCCUCCCUGCCAAGUGUUAUGAGUCUGGGGGACUCCUCACUUUUCAUAGGCUUGACGUCCUCUCAACCACAGACGGUCAUCAACAAUGUAGGGGGAGGUUUUACUACCCUUCAGCCAAUCUCAUUUCAGCAGCAGCUUCACACUUCAGCUCAGCAGCCAAUAGUGCAGCAGCUUCAGAGUCAUAUUGGUCCAAGCUCCUUCAUGGCAACAAUGGCUCAGUUACCAUGCCACAUGUACAGCAAAGCAGACCUGAGCUCUUACCCCUCCUCCAGUCUCCUGUCCCAGGCUAUGGUCAUCGCAGACAGCAACAGCAUUGGGACACUGACUAACCUCACAGCUCUUCGACAGCAAUUCAAAGCAAAACAGUAUUUGAGGAAUUCAAGACAACUCUUCAGUCCUCAGAUUUUCACCUCAGAUCCUGAGGGUCAUGCUGAAACUCCUAUUGAAGAGGAGUCUUUACAUCUGCAGUCCACUUCACCAGAGCCAGUGUCUUCCGUCAGUUUGGAUCUCUACCCUCAGACACAGACAAGUGAAACCCAUCCUUCUCACCUGCUCUCCUCUCCACCCGGAGAUAUAGACCCUUACAUCACACAGAUGGUCUCUACUGCACAAUAGCUGCGGCUACUGAUGGAAAUACCCCUGAGAGCUGGUGCAUAUAAGAAAACUAACUUUUUAAAAUACACUGGAGAGCAAAAAUAAAUGAAAUAAAUAAAACAAAAAUUAACAGUCCUUUUAAAAAGCCAAACUGCCACAUUGCUACCUGCUGCCUACCCACACUGAGGAGGAAAAAAAAAACUUUAAAAUCCAUAUUAUUAAAACCUUUAAAUUAUGCUCCAUAAAAGAACUGAGUACAAUUCAAAAUGGAAUCUUAUGUGAACAUUAGCAUGUAUAUAAU